GUGAGGAUAGACAACGCAAUGCCCCGAGAAAGGGGUCGUCAGUUGCUUGAUCUCGCACUUGGAACAGAUAUUUAAGGGUCAGGAUCUAGUUUAUGUGAUACGAGACAUUUUAUAUGGACAUGAUAACCCCCAGACGGUUUUGUUUCACUUCUACAAGCUGUGUUGCCCGGAACUGGGAACAACUGUUUCGAACAUUCUGAUGACAAUAAUAGUUUUACAUUAGCUCAAUAUCUAUUGAGUCACCACUUUUUUUAGAGCCAUGAUUUCCAUUCCCAUUUAUCUUGAUGAUGACAGCUGAUUAUUGAUUUAAAACGUAGUGCCUUUGUCUGUGGUAUCUCACCAGUGUUGGCAUUGUUAUCUGACACUAGGCAUGUUUCAUUCUUUUGAGACAUCUUCCAACAUCCUUGUCUUCAUGUGAAUAUGCUCCUUCAAAUAUGUACAAAGUCCAAUAUAUCUACUAUGUACCAAAGUGAAAAUAAUGAAUCAAAGCUCUCCAAGUCUUGAUAUUUUUGUCAAAAUUAUAAUGCAGUUUUGAAUUAUGUAACAUUUAAGGUACAAGUCUGUCUAUAGAUGAUGCAAAUCAAGGUAAGUGAGUUGGCAUUUGGAACUAUCUGGCGAGCGUUUUAUUGCAAUUCAAUUUUGUACACAUUAAGAAGGGUUUAAUGCCUCUUCUCCUUGCCAAUGAUACCACCAUCAUAGGCGGAUUAAACAUUUAUAAACAAGUUGUAACAAGGCAGUUUAAAUUGUAUGUGAAUCAUUGCAGAGUGUAAACAUGGUGAACAGCAAGGCACUUUGGCUGUCACACCCUUCUCAAUCUGUCUGAGCUAGUCAUUGAUUAGAACUGUCAGCUGAGUGCCUCUACAGUAAAGAGUGAAUUUUAAAAGUGUAUUUAAAAAUCUCAUUCAUACUACCUUAUAAUGCAACUGCUGUAUUUCAGCUUACGUUUUGCUUUGUUCUGAUUGAUUCAUCCACCUUAUGGAGGGCCACUAAAGAGCUUUGUGUGAAGUUUGAUUAAUUUAUUGUAAGAAAAACCUCAACAGUUGCAUAAAAAAUAUCGUUAUAAGACCUUUAUGUUUUUCUGUAAGUGUUUUUUUUAAAUGAGAAUCUGAAGUGAAAUACAGUAUAUGGUUUGCUCAUUUUACAUAUUUUAAAAUCAACCAGAUGUAUCAUUUGUGACAGUGUAAAUACAGUUUUUAACAAACAUACAUGUCUUCAUAGAAAAAUCACCUUGCGAUACCCACCUUUACCUAUGCUUUCAUGUGGCAUAAUAUUCACCUCCGUGUCUGCUGAGUGCUGGCUGUUGUACAUGGAUGGGCUAGGUAGUUUCAAAUCUCAAUCAGUUUUUAAACGUCAACAUCAAUGUUCUGUUUUUCAGCAAGGGCAGCCAGAAUUUGAAGGCAAAUGGCCUUCAAUGAAGAUAACAGUUUUAAAGCUUUUACGGCAAGAAUGUGUGACCAGAUCAGAGUGGCAAGAUCUAUUUUGGGCGGUACAUUCAGUUUGCCUGUGGGAUGACAAAGGCCCUCAGAAGGUGUAUCAAGCUCUACAAGACGACAUCCUCGACUUUAUCAGACAAGCACAAGCUAGAGUUCUUCAGCAUCAAGAAGAUUCAGCCUUGUUGAAGGCAUACAUUGCCGAAUGGAGCAAGUUUUUCACCCAGUGUGACUAUUUGCCCAAACCAUUUGGUCAGCUGGAGACAUCAUUGACAGGGAAAGCUCACAGCAGUAUGCAGAAGAAGUCUCAAGGAGAAGAUAGUAUUGUUAGAAAGUUAAUGCUUGACAGUUGGAACCAGAGCAUAUUCUCCAACAUUAAACAAAGGUUACAAGACAGUGCAAUGAAACUGGUCCAUGCGGAGAGGAAUGGAGAAGCUUUUGACGCACAGCUUGUCAUAGGUGUUAGAGAAUCUUAUGUAAAUCUUAGUUCAGAUAUAGAUGACAAACUCAAAAUCUACCGAGAAAAUUUUGAACACGCCUACUUGAUAGCCACAGAGAAUUUUUACAAGACAAAAGCUCCGUUGUACCUAGCCCACAAUGGCGUUCAGAACUACAUGCGAUAUGCAGAUGCCAAACUAAAGGAAGAAGAGAUUAGGGCCAUACGAUACCUGGAAACAGGGUACGGAUGCAACUCGGUGGCAGCUCUGACGGAGUGCUGUGUUAAUGUCCUGGUGACAGCUUUCAAAGAAACAAUCUUACACGAGUGUGCUGCCAUGAUAAAAAAUAAUGAAACAGAAAAGUUACAGUUGAUGUUCAGUCUAAUGGACCGGGUGCCUGAUGGCAUCACCCCCAUGUUACAUGAUCUCGAGGCACAUAUCGUCAGUCAGGGGCUCGCUGAUAUGAUAGCUGCUGCAGAAAGUAUUACACAAGAUUCAGAGAAGUAUGUAGAACAGCUACUAGAGUUGUUUAAUAGAUUCAGCGCCUUGGUUCGUGAAGCCUUUAGUGAUGACCCCAGAUUUUUAACCUCUAGGGAUAAGGCGUACAAAAGUGUGGUGAAUGACACAUCAGUAUUUAAAUUAGAAAUUCCCAUCAAAAAUAAAAGUUUCAGCAGUGUAGGAGGUAAAACUCAGCCCGAGUCCAAGUGUCCGGAACUUCUGGCUAAUUUCUGUGAUAUGCUUUUGAGAAAAACACCUCUUAGUAAAAAACUUACCUCAGAAGAAGUAGAAAGGAAACUUAGGGAUGUUCUAUUAGUGUUGAAGUAUGUGCAGAACAAGGAUGUGUUCAUGAGAUACCACAAGGCUCACCUGACACGCAGACUUAUCCUGGACACGUCGGCAGAUAAUGAGAAGGAGGAGAAUAUGGUGGAAUGGCUGAGGGAAGUUGGAAUGCCAGCAGAUUACGUCAACAAGCUAGCCCGCAUGUUUCAGGACACAAAAGUCAGCGAUGAUUUGAACGUAGAGUUCAAGGAUGCACACAGGAAUAAUAAUGAGGGAUUAGCAGAUUCCAUCAACAUUAAGAUCCUGAACGCUGGGGCGUGGGCGAGAACGAGUGACCGGGUGUCGGUGUCGUUACCCAUGGAGCUGGAGGAUUACAUUCCUCAGGUGGAGGAGUUCUACAAGCUCAAACACAGUGGCAGGAAGCUACAGUGGCAUCAUCUCAUGUCUAAUGGAAUUAUAACAUUCUGCAAUGAUGUAGGUAAAUUUGAUCUGGAGGUGACAACAUUUCAAAUGGCUGUGUUAUUUGCCUGGAACCAGAGGCCGAAGGACAGAAUCUCUUAUGAGAGUUUACGCUUAGCCACGGAACUGCCUGAUGCUGAACUCCGCAGGACACUUUGGUCAUUAGUGUGUUUCCCUAAGAUUAAGCGCCAGGUUUUAUGCUGUGGACCAGACUGUAAAUCACCCAAGGAAUUCACGGACAGCACCCAAUUCUGGGCCAAUCAGGAAUUUGCUCUCAUUAAAAAUGGCCGUCUACAGAAGCGUGGUAAAAUCAAUCUGAUUGGUCGACUGCAGCUGUCAACAGAGAGAAGUCGAGAGGAGGAUAAUGAGGGUAUAAUGCAGCUGAGAAUUCUCAGAGUGCAGGAGGCGAUUGUAAAGAUUAUGAAGAUGAGGAAGAGGAUAACUAAUGCGGCUCUUCAGACAGAACUUGUAGAAAUUCUCAAAAACAUGUUUUUGCCUUCAAAGAAACUGAUCAAGGAGCAGAUAGAGUGGCUUAUUGAGCACAAGUACAUGCGGAGGGAUGAAGAAAACAUUAAUAUGUUUAUUUAUAUGGCAUAAGGUUUAUCUCUUGAGAUUCGUGGUGUGGGCAGAUUCGGUAGAAAACUCACCUCAGUAAUCGCUGGUUAUACAAAGCAGCCUACACAGACCAGCUCAUCCAAACACUGGCAUUUCUACAGCAGAACCGUGCAAUGCCUCUGGGGAUAGAAACUUAUCAGCAAAACUGAACUUAAUUGUCACUGUAAAGCAGACAGCUUUUUAAAGAUUGCACUGAAAUAAUUUACACGUAUACCCAGGAAUUUUAUGCUGUCUUUAUUCUGGAUAUUCACUUUUUGUUACAUGCAGAAACUUACAGCACUAAAUCAUAUGUCAAACAUCAUCUUGUAUACUGGUGUAUGUUAUUUUACUUUCUGUUUUUAUCCACAUGACUGUACUAAGCACUUGGCAUUAAAUCAAAACACAUCAAGGUAGGCUACUGUAAGGUCUGAAUGGUUAACUCUCUACCUAGAAGUCAAAAGUGAUAAAAAUAUCACAAAACAAUACUUCUUCCUGGGAUUCUACAUUAGAAGUAUCUUUCAUCUUUGUUGGACUUGUUGUAGUUUGAAAAUGUCACUUUUCUAAACAUUUGAGUAUUGCUGCUUGGGUAGUUUCUUUAGUAAGCACAGUGUGUAAUUUUCAUCAAGAUGAUUUCAGCUUAAGAUUCUUACAGCCAUACAUGUGACGUGUGAUGUGGUUGUUUAUGGUGAAUUGAAGGGUAAGAACCAGAGGUCUUCCUCAUGUGAUGUGACCAACCAAUACAUGGUCUUCUCCAUGUGAUGUGACCAACCAAUACAUGGUCUUCUCCAUGUGACGUGACCAACCAGUACAUGGUCCUCUCCAUGUGAUGUUACCAACCAGUAUAUGGUCUUCCCAUUGUGGUGUGACCAACCAGUACAUGGUCCUCUCCAUUUCAUUUGACCAACCAGUACAUGGUCUUCCUCAUGUGAUGUGACCAACCAGUACAUGGUUUUCUACAUGUGAUGUGACCAACCAGUACAUGGUCUUCCCAAUGUUAUGUGACCAACCAGUACAUGGUCUUCUACAUGUGAUGUGACCAAGCAGUACAAGGUCCUCUCCAUUUGAUUCAACCAAGCAGUACAUGGUCUUCUACAUGUGAUGUGACUAACCAGUACGGGGCCUUCUACAAGUGGUGUGAAAAACCAGUACAUGGUCUUCUAUAUGUGGUGUGACCAACCAGUAUAUGGUCUUCUCCAUGUGCUGUUACCAAGAAGCACAUGGUCAUCUACAUGUGGUGUGACCAACCAGUACAUGGUCCUCACCAUGUGAUGUGACCAACCAGUACAUGGUCUUCCCAUUGUGGUGUGACCAUGCAAUACAUGGUCCUCUCCAUGUGGUGUGACCAACCAGUACAUGGUCUUCCCAUUGUGGUGUGACCAUGCAGUACAUGGUCCUCUCCAUGUGAUGUGACCAACCAGUACAUGGUCUUACCCACAUAGUUGAGUAGUGUACCUGUUUUCACGUACUAGGUUUCCCCGUGUUUGAAAGUUGAAAAUGUGGCAUUAGUACACACGGUCUGAAGUUAUCACCACAAUCACUUUUUUUUUUUUUUCGCAACCGAAAGUAGCGUAUGAUUAAUUCUUUUUGUAGAAAAAAUCCAACAACUUCAUGGUUAAUAAGCUUAUUUGUGAAAGAAGAGGAGUAGUAAUUUGACUUUCAUCCUAUCAGUGAAAUAGGCUAGAUGCAGUGAACUUUAGAUGCAUUUUCAGAAAACAGUAUGACUGAAUUUUCUUAUCUUCAGCAAAAACAGAGAGGACAUACAGGUAUAAGAAAUGCCAAAUAUUAAUAAACAAGGACUAACUAGGUUUAAUUUCUUCUUGAAUUAAACCAUUUCACGAAAUCGUCUGUGUUUUCAUACAGCUGAUAUAACUGUUUUUAACUUUUCACUGAGGAACUGAGAAUGGGUUAUUAAGUUAUGUAUUAUUAUUAUUAUUAUUAUUAUUAUUAUUAUUAUCAAAUUUACCACAGGACAAGUAGGGAGCAUGUAAAUGUAUUACAGAACAAUAUUCAUUUAGUGCUUGUUUUGUCUCAAGUCGUAUUCAAUCUAGAUCACACCAGCAGUACUAAUGAUGAAGAUUGUAGAAUGACUGAAUAAAGGAUUAUGGCUUAUCGCCACAUUGGCAAGUUUCCAGCCAUAUUGUGGCAAUGAUUGUUCUAGACAAUCACUGCUAUUUAUUUAUUAGCCGAAUUAAAUCGUGUGAAGUUUGUCAUUUUCUAGUCCAUUGUAGUUUAUACAUUCGACCAGUCAGGAGGAUUUGUGAACUGAUAUUACAUGUAGCAAACCAAAGUCACUUAAUGCCUUGCCGAAGAUCUUCACCAUCACAUUGUGGUGUGAUUUUUUGAUCAGUCACUAAAAGAUCUUCGCCAGACACUCCCGAUUCCUGUUCAGUGGGAAUCCAGAUGUUCAGAUUUACCGAACUGAUAUAGACUGGCAAAUCUUACUGAGGUAACUGGUAACUGAGAUGUGGUGGCUAUGAAUUCAACAUUGUAGUGAUACCACAGCUAUAAUAUGUGCAGAACCCAGACAAGUAAUAGCCACUUCAUAACAUGCUCGUCGCUUCAGUUCUGACCAAUUGUGUGCUGACCCUCUGUGAUACACGUAGUUGUACUUCAGGGGUACUGUUUAUGGGCAUGUCCUUGCUUGCAUCACUGAGAUACUCAAUAAGAAAACAGUUGUUAAUCAUAAAGUUGUGAAGGAAAUGGGGUACCUUUUCCCAUGCUAUGGUAAUUCAGGUCCAGGCUGGAUUGACCAGUGUUUUCUUGUAACAGUGCCCCCAAAUGACUCCAACGACCCCGGAAAUCGAAGCUGUCUCACACUUAAAAUCAGUUUACUGUUCUAAAAUUGACACUUAAAUACUUUAAUUAAACUACGUUAUCAGUUUUCCCUCAAAUCGUCAUCUCAAAGGCAGGGAUAGAGAAUAGACUACACAGCUUGGACCAGAAUUGCUUACAGCAGGAAAGAUUCCCCACGGUGGGAAUCUGAUUGAAAAGAAACAUUUUCAGGCCUUGACUUAAGGAGUUUAACUUUGUCCCACGUCUAGUUUCAGCUGAGUUUUGUCAAUAUUGCUAUUAAUUUUCCUUUGUGCCAGCUGAGUCCACAUUGCCAGAAUAGUUAAUUUUCUCCCUGAACAAGAUGUUUUCUGGCCUCUGCAAACUGAGGACAUCCUAACCAGUAGAAUUACAUUGGAGAAGCAAGUGCAAGGAUUCAUAGGAUAUGGUUAAUAAUUACUGAUAAAUUAUAUCCUUGCUCAGAAAUGCACAUAUAAAUUCUUUGGUGACAUAAGUUUUAAUUGUAUUAUAAGAAGAACAUAUUGCCGAGGGUUACUGUAGUUAAGCCCUAGAUUUUUUCUAGUGUCUACCAUUUUGACAGUCAAAGGUAUUGUUAAUUGCAACUCGGAAUCAUGGUGCUGACCAUAUGUGGUAUUAAAUAAAGAACCACAGAGAAAUGCCACAUCUGACACCAAACACCUACAUGUUAAAUCACUAUUCACAUGUAACCCAUGUAUAAUCACCAAUACUUGUAUAAUAAGUCCAAAUUUGUCAGCAGGAAAACUUGCAGUCGGUC